UUCAAAGUCCAGGCUCUGCGUAAAACUGAAGAACAAACAACUAGAGAUUUCCUGAGGAUUAAGAUAGUUAGGUAGUUGUAAUUUAUUUCCAAAGGCUUUUCAUGUCUGAAAAAGACUCAGUUGUGCCUCAGCGUCCAAAAUAGUUUGGGACUUUCCACAACCGAUGUUUACGCACAGCUGUCUUGGGUUUUCUUAUGAGCUUAUGCCUGAAACUGCCAGGAUCCGUUGUUUAUCGCCUUGGAAGUGACUGUAUGUACCCAGAUGGAUCUGUGACUGCUGACAGGUAUGCUAGAUGAGAUGGAGUGACAUUUCCAAUGGAUAGAGCAGAGCUUCUGUGGUUACUUGCUAGUUUCUGUCAGGUGAUUUUGCUGACAUGUGAACAGCAUUUAAACCCUGUUGAGCUUGAAGUUAUUUUUCAGUCAUUCCCUUCCGCUAAAGAUCCAGACACCUACACAGUCACCUGCAGGACUGCAAGUAACCAUCUGGUGUAUGUGGAGCCCAUUGAUCAUUCAGCAUGCUCCCGUUACUGCAAAAUGUCACUGCGAUUGAUUAACGACCCAAGAGGAUACAACAUCACACUGAGAGCCAGCAGAAAUGAUGUAACUCUUGAGGCAAAGACUUUUCACUUUAUUCCAGUCUCCCUGUCCUCCCUUCAAGUAUACAGCACUGCGACUACUGCUCUCCUGACAUGGGAACUUCACAGACAACAAAGCCUAUCUACCUUGAGUCUAUACAACACCCACACACAAUCUGUCACACACAUCUUCAACGUCAGCUCAUCAGUGGCAGAGUCUCAAUACGCAGUGAAAGGUCUCCAGCCUGGCACACGCUUCAAGGCCAAAGUUGUGGUGACAACAUUCCUCAAACACCUUAAUAUGAGCUUGAAGCAGAGACUCGACAUUGGCAUGGAAACAGCUCAGUGCCCACCUGACUGGUUGGCCAAUGAGAGAAGCUGCUAUACUGUGAGCAGGACAGCUUUGAAGUGGAGUGAUGCCCUGAACAGAUGCAAAAACUUGGCAGCUGGAAGUCACCUGGCUGACCUGAAGACCCGGGAAGAUCUGCUCUUCAUAUCUUCUCACCUGCUGAGCCACAACAACCUGCUGCUGCUGUGGACUGGACUCAACGACCAGCAGGAGGAGGGACAACCUCUCUGGUCUGAUGGCUCAGUCCAUAAUCUGACCAACACUAUGAUGUCAUCACUGCCAGCCAAUCAGACAGACUGUUUUGCCCUUCAGAGGAAUGCCACAGGGCCCGGAUACUUUCUCACUCCGUUCUUCUGUAACAUCCCCUUACCCUUCAUCUGCCAGUACCAGACCCCUCCAGUCCCUGCCUUAUUCUCCUUUGACCUGGUUCGGGUGACAGAGCAACAGGUAGCGCUUCACUGGAGUGACCUCUCACUCUUGAACUCACUUAAUAUUUCAUCUUUCGAGAUAUUCCUCCAGUACCAAGAGGAGGCAACUGGAGAGCCUGGUCAAAGAGAAGAAGAUAGAGACAGGAAGUCAGAGGACAAAAAGAGGACACAGAACAAAAAAAAUGUCAAGGUCCCCAUUUCCCUGUCCUCUAGAGGGGUAACUGUGACAGGUUUGUCUCCAGGGAGCGUUUACUCUUUCACCCUUCGAGCGGCUCACCGUGCUGGCUCCACCUGGAGCUUGGGACAAACACGGACCGCCUACACUAGACCUCUUCCUCCUCAAAAUAUCACUGUCGGACCCAUUACCAUCAGUCAGAUUAGUGUCCACUGGGUGCUGCCAGUUGCACAGUUAAGGGUCGGAUGGACAUUUGUUGUGCGCUAUGUGGACAUGUCUUCAAGACAAGAGAAGAUAGUUGGAAUGAACAACAUCUCCAGGUUGUCAGAGACUGGUGGGUUGCAGCCAUACACUGCUGUAAUUGGAGGGAUGGAGUCUUACAGGAAAUACAGGGUUGAAGUUAACACAGUCACCCAGCAUGGGAUAGAGAGCUGUGGACAGGCGCCUGUGACUGUACAGACUGCGGUGAGGGCUCCUGGUGGUCUGGUGGUGUUGCGCUCGACAGCAAAUCUUACAGUCUGCUGGACCAGCCCACCUGAUGACCCAUCAGACGGUUAUUAUAUCACAUUCCACCCACCCAUUAACCCCACACCAACUUCACUGUGGAUAAACCAGUCCAGUCCUGGUGUACAGUGGGUAAAUGAGUCUGUGUGUGUUAAUCUUGGCACAUUCACUCCAGGUCAAACAUAUGAAGUUGGAGUAGUCUCACUGAGGGGGGAAGAUAGGAGCAUGAAGACCAGCAUCAUACACACCACAGAUCCAAUGCCGGUUCAGGUAGCAGUCCCUCUUUCAGUGGGCGUAAACUCUGCACAACUGUACAUCCAGCAUCCACAACUGGGUCUGAUUGAUGGGGUGAAAGUGUGUGUAUGUCCACAAGUGUGCGACAGUGUGUGUGAGGGAUCGUGUGGGUACACAUGUGACUGGUACUCUCUCCCUGCCGGCAUUCAUAUCAUAACUCUUCGCAACCUUGGUCCAGGAUCAGAGUACCAGCUCAGGGUGUACAGCACCAGUCGAGAGCAGGUUGGACCACCUUACUACACCCGCCCUGUUAGAACAAGUCUGGCUCCUCCCGACAGAGUGAGGGAGGGUGUGGUGACAGAUUCAUCCAUAGAGCUGCUAUGGGAUCCAGCACAAGGACAGACUCACAGCUACGAGGUCAUCUGCCUAAACUGUGACCAUUCACACAUGGUGCAGAAGGUUUUCAGUCCCAGUGCAGUGUUUUCUAGUCUGACUCCAGGCAGACUCUACCACUUUGUAGUACGAACAGAGAAGGAGUCCUUCACAGACAGUUCCCCCGUCUCUAUCAACAUCACUGCAGCUCCCAGCCCAGUUGAGGUGUCUCUUGUCAGUAAGACCACAUCCUCCAUAUGCAUUCGUUGGAGUAUGGUCAGGGGAGUGGUGAGCGGACUCAUCCUGUCAAUCAAAAACAGAACAUCCAAUCAAGAGCUGAUGAUUUUUCAUCAGGAGCCCAGAUCUUACAACUUCGAAAGACUCGCUCCCGGAAGCCAAUAUACAAUUGAAGUGAUUAGCACCAGCGGGGAGAAAAGGAGUAAACCUUGUACUAUGAUCCUCCAUACUAUCCCAGAGGUGCCACAGGAAGGGACUCUGUCAGAGCAGGUAGUGACGUCUGUGUUUGUUACCUGGAGACCAUCACGGGGACAAGUGGAGGGGUACAAGCUUGUUUUUGGCCUGCUGUCUGUGGACAGGAAAUCAUGGAUUGAGGUGCUUGUCCAGGGCACAAGUUAUGAGAUCAGGGAUUUGAUCCCUGGGUCAGACUACAGUGUCAGCAUUCAGAGUGUGCUCGGCUCAGACACCAGUCAGGCAGUCCACAUAGAGUUCAGCACACGCCCGGCAGGAUUAUGCGCCCUUCAUUUAGCCAACAUAAACUCUACUUCUGUCUCUGUGAGCUGGGACAGUGCAUUCGGAGAGUUUGACUUCCACAGAGUGACUGUAACCAACACCUCAGUCACAAACACACUCACCAUACCCAAGAAGGAGCGGGUUGCCGUGGUCACAGGGCUAGUGCACGGCUGCAGCUACAACGUUAGUGCUGAGAGAGUGAGAGGAGUGACAGCGGGGAGCCCUGCCUUUCUGACUGUAACCACAGUGCCAGCCCGUGUACGAGGAGUGCGUUUCGUGAAUGUCUCUGCACGUGCAUUCUCCCUAUGUUGGGAGCAGGCGGUGGGGUGUGUGGAUCAUUACGAGGUGACCCUGCAACCAAACCAGGGGAAAGUCACAGUGCACCCAGCACGUGAUGGAUACAUACAGGCCGAUGUGGUAAAUGUCAGUCCGGGGACAGAAUACACUGUAACAGUCACAGUAGCCUCUUCCUCCUCCUCCUCCUCCUCCAACAUCAGCCCUGGAGUCAGUCGCAUGAUCAAUACUAAUGAGAGUGUUCUUGGUCCACCUUUAGGCCUAGAAGGAGAGGCCGUGGGCUCUAAUGGUAUUCUGCUCUCCUGGACCAUGCCACUUGAUGCCAACAAUAUUGACGGAUAUGUCAUCAGGUACAAGGAGGUGUGUCCUUACCCCGAUCCCACCUUCACACAGACAACCAAGUACCUGGACAUACCAGAGACCCUGCUCACUGACUUCACCUCAGGUUCUACGUACCACAUUGAGGUAGCAGCCAUAUCUCCAGCUGGAAUAGGAGCCUUCAGCAAAUCUUUAUACAUAAAGACUGCUGAGUCCCCCCCUGGCCUGGUGACCAACUUGACAGCAUUUGCUCAGAACCACACCUUCGUCGUGGUUACCUGGUUCCUGCCGCACCGCAUCAAUGGCCUUAUCACAAAGUUUGCUGUCAAGGCGAAACACGCUCGUACUGGGCAGACUGUCCGCAUGCUGGAGGUCAAUGCAGAGGACAUCAUGACCGGAGCACUGCCUCACUGCAAUGAUGCAGCCGAUAUCCUGUCCCGUGCGACUCUUAGUCCCUUGGAGAUUACAGCAUCGUCUCCACCCAUCACCCUCUCCGCCGUGCCCCCUGCAGCCUCCUGGAGUGUGCCCAUAUCAGUAGGAGUUGAUCAGCUUCGACCUUACACCGCUUAUCUAUUUGAAGUGUCUGCCUUCACCUCUGAUGGAGAGGGACAGAUAGCCUCCACUAUGGUCCGUAUGCCAGAAUCAGCCCCUGAGGACCCACCACAAAACUUUGUAUUAAAUAUGACGUCUCGAUCAAUCUCCGUGUCCUGGAGCUCUCCCAAUAUUAUCACAGGAAAAUUCACCUACAUGCUCUACCUUUAUGGACCUACAGGAUAUUUGUAUGAGAACAGCACAGGGGACAUGAGGUUUGUAUUUACUGGUUUGACCCCCUACACAAGGUACACAGUGGCCGUCCGAGCCAAAGCUGCUGGAGAAGUGGGUCCAGCAGCGCAGGAUGAUGUAAUUACACCUGCUGAAGCACCCAGUGCAGUGCAGAACUUGGUGGCAGUAGCUGAGGAUUCAGUUUCAAUCCUUGUGAGUUGGAGAAGUCCUGCUCAACCCAACGGCUUGAUCACGCAGUACAGAUUGCAGGUUCUGGUUGACAACAUACUGCUGCAGGACAUCAUCCUCACGGCAGAAGUGAAUACAACUAGUAUGGAUGAAGAUGAGACACUUCCCCCUGAUGUCCAUAACAAUCCAGGGCGACGUGUAACAGUGAGAGAGGAGAUGGUGGACGUUUUCUCUGAAGAAUUAUCUUACCUGGUGUACGAUCUGAGUCCCUUCACCGCUUACACGUUCAGGGUCACCGCUUCUACAACUAUGGGGGAGGGUCCUGCAGCAAAUAUCACUGAGCAGACCAGAGAGCAGGUCCCUAGCUCAGUGCUUGACGUGUCCUAUCAAAACAUCACCUCCAACUCCAUACUAGUGAGCUGGGUCCCACCACUCAACCCCAAUGGACUGAUCACACAUUACACUGUCUAUGGUCUCAAACUGCACAGUAAUCAGGCUCUCAAGUGGGUUACUAACACCACCAGCAUACUGAUAACAGAUCUGGACAAGUAUACUGGUUAUAAGCUACGUGUAGCUGCAUCGACAGCUGUGGGAGAGAGCUCUCUGUCUGAGGAAGAUGACAUCUUUGUUUUCACCUUAGAGGAUGAGCCUGAAUCCCCCCCUGUGAACCUCAUUGUGGAUGAGACCAGCCCCUCCACUGCCACACUGGUCUGGUCUCCACCAGAGAAAGCCAAUGGGGUGAUACAACGUUACGAGGUCCUGUAUGAGAACGAAUCCUACUCUGCGCUGAUGAACACGUCCUCUAACAGAGUCACACUGAUGAACCUGAAACCAUUCUCCUACUACAAUGUGUCUGUGAGGGCAUACACGCGUUACGGCCACGGCAACCAAACGUCGGACACUUUAUACCUGCUGUCUGGAGAGGAUGUCCCAGGCAGUCCUCCAUAUGGCGUUACUUUUGAGUCGGUCAGUCCCAGCGAGGUGAACGUGACCUGGCAGCCUCCUCUGCUGCCUAACGGGGUCAUUACUCACUACAGCCUGGAGCUCUGGAAUUCCACUCACUACCUAAACCUCACCUCCCCGACCAACUACAUUCAAAUCACGCACCUGAGGAAGUAUGCACAGUACCGCGUCAUGGUGCAAGCGCACACACGUGUCGGGCCCGGAAACUACAGCAGCGAGCCGCUCAACAUCACCACACUGGAGGAUGCUCCAGACACACCUCCUCAGUUCCUCCAUUCCAGGAAGUUGUCAGACUAUGAGGUAGAGUUGACAUGGCAACCACCACUGGAGGCCAAUUCAGACAUACUCUACUACAUUGUCAGAGUUUGGAACGAAACGACUGAGCUGUGGCAGAAUGUGACACAGACAUCAGUGGUUAUUAGUGUAGACUCAGAGAGUCGCUACAAUGCUUCUGUCUCCAGCUGGACCAGACUGGGAGACGGAGGAGUGCUGAUCUACAUCAGCUUUACCACCACAGAUGCAGAACCAUUUGACCCCCCACAGAAUGUGACUUUUGUAAAUGUGACCACCUUCUCGGUCACCUUAUUGUGGCACCCGCCUACAGAACCUAAUGGAAUCAUUAUACAUUACACUAUUUACUACUCCGAUAACAACACUGUGACUGAGCAGAGGGUUCCAGUUUCAGAUUUACCUUCCCCUGCCUCUCCUGAUUCAGCCCUCUUCUACACUCUGACUCGGCUGACUGGGGGCACAAACUACACCCUGUGGAUGACCUCCAGCACUGUGCAGGGGGAUGGAGGGGUCCAGAGCGAGCCACUAACCCUGUUCUUACCAGAGGACGUGCCAAGUGACUCAGUGCGAAACCUGACUGCUCAGAUCUUCAGCUCCACAGCUAUCAUUGUCAGCUGGGACCCUCCCAUGGAGCCAAACGGCCGCCCCUACUACCUGCUCACCUUACAAGAGGCCGGCGUCCCCCCAAAUUUAUCCAACCAAGGCACUCCAGCUGUCAACAAGACUAUCAAGCAUACCACAACUGAUAGUGUCUUCCUAUUCACCAGACUCAAGAAAUAUUUCCCUUACGUGCUGACUGUUACUCCGGCAACAGGCGCUGGCCCUGCCUUCAACCAUACCAGCACAAUGUACCUGAGAACGGAUGAUGAUAUUCCUAGUUCUGCUCCAGUGCUGUUGUCCGCCAGGAAUCUGUCAUCGUCCUCUAUCGCAGUGGUCUGGCAGCGCCCUCUUGAGGCCAACGGAGAGAUAACAGAGUAUACCCUCACUCUGUUCGGCUUAGUGGGCUCCAACACAACGCAUACCCCCAACACCUCAAUCAUCCUCACCGACUUAAUUCCAUACACAGCUUACAACCUCACUAUUACUGCUGCAACGCGUAAAGGAUCAGGGCCAUAUCUGCUGGUGCAGCUGCGCACUGAUGAAGGAGGCCCCAUGUCCCCUCCCCGUAACCUGACUAUAUACAACCACACAUCGGUCUCUGUGUGGCUGAGCUGGGAGCCUCCUCUGGAGCCCAAUGGAGUGGUGAUACAGUACGGCUUCAGGAUCCGAAACCUCAUCACACAGGCCGUCACACACAGGAAUUCCUCCGGUCCGUUGACCACUGAGCACCUAUCAGGCUUCAGGCCUCAUAGCUCCUAUGAGAUCAGUGUUUACAGUUACACCAGAGUGGGCCAUGGGAACCAGUUCAGCAGCCCGGUGACCUUCACGACUAAUGAGUCAGUGUCUGAUGCUGUGGGGAACCUGUCUUGCUCAGGAGUGAGCUGGGAUUCAGUUCAGCUGUCUUGGGAACUUCCGGCCAACCCUAAUGGGCAGAUUCUUUUUUAUGAGAUUCUGUUGGAGGUAGACUUGCAGUCCUACACACUCCAGGCUUACACACCAGAGUACACAGUGACUGGGCUGUCACCAGACCAGGGAUACGCACUCACUGUGGCUGCAGUCAACUCCGCAGGACCAGGAGACAGAGUAAACUGUACUGCUUCCACUCUCUCUGAAUCAGUCCCAGCUGCUCCUCGCCUCCUCACUAUCUCUCAGGUCACACCUAACAAUGUGACACUUCAGUGGGCUCCACCGCUCUCCAUCCCAGGCCUGCUGAAAGAGUAUCACAUCAUUGCACAGCUGCUUUCAACUGUUUGUCAACCAAACAUACUAAAUACUCCGCAGCCGGCCCCAGAGGAUGAACUGACCUCAGGCUGCGUGGACUCUAAUGUCACGGUGUCGGUGAAUGCCUCGGAUGGCACAGAAGAGAACCACAGUGUCACACUCCAAUCCCUGGCUAAAUACAGACACUACCGCUUCAAAGUGGCUGCUGUGACCAAUGCUGGAGUUGGCGAAUAUACACACUGGAAUUAUGCACGCACCCUGGCUGGAAACCCGGAUGCUCCUCCCCGUGACUUGAAUGUGACCCCCACCUCCAACGGCCUUCGCAUCGCAUGGGGCGCUCCAGCUGUUCUCUCUGGACCAACUUCGUACCUAGUGCAGGUGGAUGGUCCCGAUUUGAACAUCUCAACAGUCCGAGCUCCAGGAGAGUUGACGACUGUCGUUGUGACUAACUUGACUGCUUUCACUCGUUACUUUGUGACUAUCACUGCCUUCACUGGUCCAUUGGAGCAGGCCGCCAGCGAUGGGAAGGCCAUUGGGCCUAUUGAAUUUCAAACACUGGAAGAGGAACCCAAAGACCCUCCCAAGAACGUGAUUGUAUCAAUCAUCCCAGAGGAAGUGAACCGUGUGAAGGUGACUUUUACCCCUCCAGAGGAGCCCAAUGGAAACAUAACUGCCUACUUUGUGUACAUCUACGAAAAGGAUCAGCUUGUCAAGAAUGUCAGCCUUAAUAUCACCCAAAGAGACCAAAACAUGAUGACUGCUGUCAUAGAGGGCUUAAAGGGAGGACACAGCUACAGUAUACAGAUUUCAGCAAAGAACGGGGCUGGUAGGAGUCCACCCAGCCCACAUGUCCAGAUAACUACGGGGAUCAAAGCCCCGUCCAAGCCAACCCAAAGACCCCAGGCAGUACUGGGCCAUGGAGGGGUUGCCAUGGUAACCCACAGGAGUAUCACCAUUCGCAUGCCUGCCUGUUUCUAUAGUGACGACAAUGGACCAAUCACAAAAAUUCAGGUCAUCGUGGCCGAGUCAGGGGUGAAGGACAUCCAGAACCUGACCAACUGGAAGAAUGCGUUUUUUCAUCGCCCUGCCCCUUACCUGACUGACAAGGGGUUCCCCAACCCGCCAUGUGACAGGGCAUCACGCAUGGACACACGCGUCAGAGGUGGUCGGAGUGUGUCUGAAGGAGUCCGGUCCCUGGUGAGGCAAAAUAUCACUACGGCAGGAACGUACAUCAUCGGAGAGAACGAUGAGUGUAUGAUGGAGAACAACACUGAUAAUUUCUGCAAUGGACCUCUGAAGCCUAACACAGUCUAUGUGUUCAAGUUCAGAGCCACUAACAUCAAUGGCCAAUCCACAGACUCUGAGUACUCAGACCAUGUCAAAACUGCAGUGGACGGGCUGUUGACCAGAGAUGAGCAGAUCAUUCUGGGAGUUCUGCUCUCCUUCUUCUUGUCUGUGUUACUCAUCAUCAUCAUCUGUGGCUCAGUCAAGAUCCAUCAGCGCAAGAAGGAGGGCGGGACUUAUUCACCCAGAGAGGCAGAGAUCAUAGAAACCAAGUGUAAACUGGAUCAGCUGAUUGCUGUGGCCGAUCUGGAGCUGAAACAAGAAAAACUCAACCGGUACUCUUCCUUCUUCUUUAGACGGAAAGAGAUUUAUGUGAUUCAGCUGCUCAGCUACAGGAAAUCUCUCAAGCCUGUCAACAAGAAGUCUUUUCUGCAGCACGUAGAGGAUCUGUGUGCCAAUGACAAUGCCAAGUUUCAGGAAGAGUUUGCUGAUCUUCCAAAACUGCUGCAGGACCUGGCCACCACAGACGCUGACCUGCCCUGGAACAAAUCAAAAAACCGAUUCCCCAACAUCAAACCCUACAAUAACAACCGAGUGAAACUGCUGUCAGAACCGGGCUCUGCGGGUUCUGACUACAUCAACGCCAGCUUUGUCUCAGGAUACCUUUGUCCCAAUGAGUUCAUAGCCACCCAGGGUCCUCUGCCCGGCACAGUGGCUGAUUUUUGGAGGAUGAUCUGGGAAACAGGAACCCGCACCAUCGCCAUGCUCACGCAGUGUUACGAGAAAGGCAGAAUUCGGUGCCACAAGUACUGGCCAGAGGACAAUAAGCCCAUGUCAGUGUUUAGUGACAUUCUCAUCUCUAAAGUGUCAGAGGAAGUCCUUCCAGACUGGACUGUCAGAACCCUAAAAGUAGAAAAGCACGGGCACUACAUUCUGGUUCGCCACUUCAACUACACAUCGUGGCCUGAGCACGGAGUCCCAGAGUCCUGCAGCACUCUCAUCAAGUUUGUCAAAGCUGUGCGAGCCCACAGGCACGACAACACCACUAUAGUGGUCCAUUGCAGUGCUGGUGUGGGCAGAACGGGUGUGUUUAUUGCUCUCGACCACCUCAUUCAGCACGUCAGAGAUCACGACUUUGUGGAUAUUUAUGGCCUGGUUGCUGAACUGCGCAGCGAGAGGAUGUGUAUGGUGCAGAAUCUGGCCCAGUACAUCUUCUUGUACCAAAGUACGCUGGAACUUCUAAACAACAAAGGCAACAGUCAAUCCAUCUGGUUUGUCAGCUAUUCUGCUCUGGAGAAGAUGGACUCCCUGGACGCGAUGGAAGGUGAUGUCGAGCUGGAAUGGGAAGAGACCACAAUGUAAAGGCCGACACAGAUGGACACCUUACCCAAACGAGAGUGACGCUUCGUAUGUUUCAAGGUCACUGGGAUGCUAACCCUGGACUGUAAUGCCUCCACCACACGAGAGGGAGGAGGAGAAACAGGACGUGAACAACACAGUCUGAACUGAAUGAUCUGUCAACUAAGACUUUGUUGCUCCACUUCAACCCAUUUCGCAGCACAGUCCUCCCCUUUAAUGAACCUCUCGUCCACCAUUUAUCAAAGAGAGAGAGAAAGAAGAGGGAGACAGGGACAGAGAAUUUCUGAAAUGACAGGCAGAAUAGAGCAAAAACAUUGAGCGCUCUAUCACAUCUGAAAGCCUACAGGUACUUUGCACAAAUUGAUUUCACUGUUAUAAUUGUAUUAUGUUGAUAUCAUCUAUGUUUUUGUAAGAUAAUUUAUUCAGCCAAAGUGGUAUUUUUGUUUUUUUUCACUCUCUUUGUAAUUCUGCCUUUGUCGAAGUGCAUUUACGUUUUGUUUAUCCUUUCCCAAGCGUGAUUUGCAAAAAUAAAAGCUACUUGUAUUUUU